AUGGCCGCAGCCCGGCUCGUCACCUGGGGGCUGCUCCUGGCCGCCGGGGUCCCCACUGCGACCGGCCGCCCCCCGCUCCGGGGGACGGUACCGGCCGCGGGGGACCCCAGCUCCUCCUGGGGACGCCGCCGGCCGGACUCAGCCCCCCCGGGGGACACGUCCGGGGAGCUCAGCGGCGCCGGGGACCCGGACGGCGAGCGCUGGGCGGACGCCGGCCCUGUGCGGUGGUCCCGACCGCUGCCGGCGGGGGCUGUGACCGGGACGCCUGUGCCGCCGGGCGGUGGCCCGGCCCCGGACGGCGUGGAGGAGCCCUUCAUCACCUGGCACGGACAGGAGGCCGAGGGCCCGGGCAGCCCCCGGAUGGAGACCGCAGUGCCCCCCACGGCGGCACCCAUGGAUGUGGGACGUGGCUCCCUAGGACCAGGCCACGGCUCGUCCGUCGCGAGGACCACCAGCCCCCGGCCGACCGUGUCCACCAUCGCCCCGUGCCAUGUGCCAGGUUUGGCCGAGGCCGGUGGCCCGGCAGCCCGUGGGGUCCCGCCGGGCCCCUCCGCCGGCCACCCGCGCUCGCUGCCUGGCACCGGGGCCGCCACGCCGGGGGCAGCGGGGCGGGCGGCCCCGGAGGGCACCGCUGAGACCUGGACCCUGGGGCUCCCGGCCCACCAGCGGAGCACGCGAAGGGCCCCGCCGGGCACCGCGCCGCCGGGCACCGCGCCGCCAGGAACGCGGCCGCCUGGGGCCGCCCGGCAGCCGGCCCUCAGCACCAGCCCCGCGGCGCUGGCCGCCCCCGGGACUCCGCACGCAGGGACGGCGCCCGAGGAGGAGCCGGGCUCCCCGCAGCGCGUCCGGGGCGCCAUGAGCCCCCCGAAUGCCACAGAGGCGGCCGUGCCCGCCGCAGGGACGCCCGGCCCCAGGCGCUCAGACGCCGCCGGGAUGCGGCCGCCCGGCCCCAGCACCGCGGCACCCUCCUCCACGUGGCGCCGCGGGCUCAUCCGGGUGACGACGCAGCGAGCCCUGCCGCGUCCCCCCGCGCCGGAGCGGGGCCCCGGCGUGCCGCCGGCGGCGCCCGAGCCCGGCGCGCCGUGCACGGCUUGCGGCGUGCCGCGGGGCAACGGCACGGGGCCGCGCUGGGCCGAGCUGCGGCGCGCGCUGAGCUUCGCCUGGGACGCCCAGGUCUACGGCUCGGCCGCCCUCUUCCUGCUGCUCGGCCUGGGCUGCCUCGCCGGGCUGCUGGGCGCCCCGGCCCUGAGCCCCCCGCACCUGCCCCACGUCCUGGUCGCCCACGGGCUACUGCUGGCCGCCAGCGUGCUGCGGGCCGCCUUCCUGCUGCUGGACCCCUACGGGGCGCGGGGCCGGCUGCCGCCGCGCGCCGUGCUGCUGCUGGCCACGGCGCCCUUCCCGCUGCUGCUGGGCGCCUUUGCCGCGCUGCUGCAGCGGCUGCAGCGCCUGGCGCAGCUCGGGCUGCUGCCGCCGCCGCUGCGGAGCCUCCCGGCGCUGGGGGCCGCGGUGGCGGUGCAGAGCGCGGCGCUGGCCGCCGCCGACCUGCUCCCGGCCCGGCUGGGCCCGGCGGCGCUGGGGCUGCACGUGCUGGGCUGCGCCGCGGGGGCCCUGCUGCUGCUGGCGGGGCUCUGGGGGUGCCGGCGGGUGCUGCGGGGGCCCGGCAGCGAGGCGCCGGGGCUGCGGCGGGGCGCCGGGGCGCUGGCGGCGGCGGCGGCGCUGGGGCUGCCCUGCUGCGGGCUGCAGCUGUACGGCGCUGCGUGGCUGCGGGGCGCCGCGGGGCCGCCCGGGCGCUUCUCCUGGCCCUGCUGGGCCGCCCAGCUGGGGCUGCGGGUGGCCGAGCUGGCCCUGGCCCUGGCCCUGCUGGCCGCCGCCGCCGAGCCGCUGUGCCGCCGCGGUGCCGCCGCCGGCCCCGGGCACUCCUGCUGGGCCAAGGCGCUGCGGUACUUCUGCGCCGGCCGCAAGGCCGCGGCGCCCGAGUACCCCAACAACUGCUACGACUGGGCCGGCGCUGGCGCCGAGCGGGCGCCCGCCAGCGACAUCAGCAAGAGCCUCAUCCGCAACGCGGCCGAGCAGCUGCCGCUACGGGCGCUCAAGGACAGCAACGAGGCCUGGGCGGCCGGUGCCGCGCCGGGACUCAGCCCCAAGUGCCCCAACGCGGCGGUGGCGGCGGCGGUGGCGCGGCCGGGCGGCAGCCUGCGCUCGGAGCCCGGCUCGGCCGCCUCGCUGGGCGAGCUGGCCUUCCGCCCGCCGUCGCCCAUCGACCUGCGCCGCAGCAUCGACCAGGCGCUGUGCCGCCAGCACCUGCUGCGCGACGGCCUCUUCGGGCGGCCACGGCGCCGCUCCGGCUCCGGCUCGGGCUCGGGCUCGGGCUCGGUCCUGGGCUCGGGCGGGCUGCUGCGCUGCAGCUCGCUCACGGAGCUGCCGGCGGCCCGGCCGCCCGCCCUCGCCGCCGCCUCGGCCAGCUCGCUGGAGAGCGGCUCGCUGCACAUCAGCUGGAACCCCUGGCGCCACGGGCUCUCCUCGCCCGAGAGCCCGCCGCCCGCCGGGGCGCCCAGCCGCGCGCCCCUCCUCGCCCGCCCCGCCGCCGAGCGCGACGCCCGCCGCGGCUUCCUGGCGCUCGGCGCGCGGCUCGACUCCCGCAGCCUCUCCAGCGACACCAUCGAGCUGUGAGCCGCCCCCCCCCGUCCC